AUGGCAUCAGCAGGGAAGCCGAAAAUCCUCCUGUUGGGAGAAAUUGACCACGCGCAUGAUGCAUGGCAAAGCCUUUCCAACAUCGGAGAGCUUGUAACGCCCAAAGCAACCAAUCGAGCUGAGUUCCUUCAGGAAUGUCGUGAUGGUAAACUCGAUGGUGUGCGGGUAGCGUAUCGGACUUUUUCGUCUGUCUCGAUCACUGGCCGGAUUGACCAGGAACUCGUGGAAACUUUGCCAAAGUCCAUGGAGUUCCUAGCCCACUGCGGCUCCGGGUAUGAUCAAGUAGAUGUCGCAGCCUGCAGCGCUCGAUCACCACCACUGCGUGUCUCCAACGUGCCUACAGCUGUAGAUGAGUCCACGGCCGACGUGAGCAUGUUUUUAAUUAUCGGAGCCCUUCGCAAUUUCAAUGCCGGUAUGCAGAACCUGCGAGCCGGUAAAUGGAAGGGUUCCCCCGAGCCAAUUGCCCUUGGACACGAUCCGCAGGGGAAAGUACUCGGUAUUCUCGGCAUGGGAGGCAUUGGACGCAAUCUCAAGAAAAAAGCGGAGGCUUUUGGAAUGAACGUCAUUUACCAUAACCGCAACAAACUGAGCGAAGAGCUUGCCGGAGGAGCAAAAUAUGUGUCCUUCGAUGAACUUCUCGCCCAGAGUGAUGUUCUAAGCUUGAAUUUGCCUCUGAACCAAAACACAAAACAUAUCAUCAGUCAUGCUGAAUUUGACAAGAUGAAGAAGGGCAUUAUCAUUGUGAACACUGCUCGCGGGCCAGUUCUCGAUGAAGAAGCUCUUGUUAUGGCACUCGAUAGCGGAAAGGUGACCUCCGCGGGGCUCGAUGUUUUUGAAAACGAGCCAGAAAUCCACCCAGGCCUGCUGAGGAACCCAAAUGUGAUCCUUGUUCCGCAUAUGGGCACCUGGAGUGUUGAAACUCAAACUGGAAUGGAGGAAUGGGCGAUUAACAAUGUUCGACAGGCGGUAGAGACAGGCAAGCUACGAUCCCCCGUACCUGAACAGGCACAGCUUUAG